AUGGCGACUAUCCAGCCCAUCGAGGCUCGCUCAGUCCACCAAAUCCAGUCAGGUCAGGUGAUUAUUGACCUGUGUUCCGUCGCGAAAGAGCUAGUCGAGAACAGUCUCGAUGCAGGCGCAACGACCAUCGAGAUCCGUUUUAAGAACAACGGACUGGAUUUGAUCGAGGUGCAGGACAAUGGAAGUGGUAUUUCACCAGAGAACUAUGAGAACGUCGCUUUGAAACAUUAUACUUCGAAGCUAUCCUCGUACGAUGACCUUACACGCCUUCACACGUUCGGCUUCCGCGGCGAGGCUUUGUCGUCUCUCUGCGCGCUUUCCGACUUCCACGUCGUUACAGCGAAAGCAAAUCAAGUACCCCGUGCCAACAGACUCGACUUCGAACCGUCCGGGAAGCUUAGCAAGACACAAAUCGUGGCAGGACAGAAGGGGACAACAGCAUCCGUGGAGGGAAUCUUCAAACGGCUUCCCGUACGCCGGCGCGAGCUAGAGAAGAAUAUCAAGCGAGAGUAUGGAAAAGUGCUGAACCUGCUCCACGCCUAUGCCUGCAUCAGUGCUGGAGUAAGAUUCAGCGUUCGGAAUACGGUCGGGAAGACAAAAAACGUGGUGGUCUUCUCUACAAAUGGGAAUCGCACGACGAAGGAGAAUAUUGCCAAUGUAUACGGAGCUAAGACUCUGUCUGCCCUGAUUCCGCUCGAACUGAGGCUGGAAUUUGAGUCCUCGGCUGUGACUCGCCGUGCGGGUGACGGUGGGCAGAUAAAUCAGAUGGAGGUUCGCGGCCAUAUAUCGCGUCCUGUCUUUGGAGAAGGGCGUCAGACUCCAGAUCGACAGAUGUUCUUUGUCAACUCUCGCCCCUGUGGAUUGCCACAGAUUGCAAAGGCUUUUAAUGAGGUUUACAAGUCGUUUAAUGUCUCUCAGUCGCCGUUCAUCUUUGCGGACUUUCAGAUGGAUACGAAUGCCUACGAUGUGAAUGUGUCGCCGGAUAAGCGAACCAUUCUACUUCACGAUGCUGGGGCUCUAAUUGAGUCACUGAAGACUUCUCUUGCGCAGCUCUUUGAGGCGACAGAUCAAACGGUCCCCCAGUCACAGGUGCUGGGUUCCAAAACGCCGACGGCCAAACAGCAGGCAUUAGCGUCACUUCCGGGGUUUGUUUCUGCCAGACAAGUGAGUCGCAAUGCUUCUGGGACCCCUUCGAGAUCAACUCAAGAAGAGAGCGGCGAUAAACCUGUCGAAAAAGAGACGCCAGCCCCUCCGUCGGCUGUACGGGGCAACAUGAAGCAAUUCAUGAGCUCACAAGACACCUCGAGCCAACUUGAUGUUUCAUCUCCAAUUAAGCCCACAUCGAGGGCACCCCGGGAAGCAUCAAGGCCGUCACUACCGGAGGAAAAUCCAGAGCAUGAACCGGACUCUACGUCUGUUGAGCCUGCUGCGGAGGUUCAUGAAAAGCCGCAAGACCAGCCUACGGAGCUUUCAUCUCAACCAUCUGAAGAGGACCGACCCCCUGCCCAUCAGUUGCAAAACACUGAAGAUACUCCCAAUGUUGUUCAAACCGCAUUUGAUCGUAUGCGCCCCCGUCGGCUACCGGCUGAAAUGGCUACCAUCAGCAUCGGGGACCACACGGUGACAUCCGUGGUCGGUAGUGGUCUUCCACGCAAGCGGAUCUCUGACUUUGGGACUUCGACCAAGGAACAUCCGGGACGGAAACGAAGGAUCCAUACACCGUCUCGGCCUAAUAUAUUUGGAAAACAUAUGAAGGCCUUUUCGGCCCCCGGGACGCAGCCUGAAGGAGAGGAGGAGGAAGCAGAUGACUCAGGAAGUGAGGUCGAUGAAGAGAACAUCAUUGACAAUGAAGCUGGGGAGGAAGAGGAGGAGGGGGAGGAGGAAGAGGAGGAUGAAGACGAGGAGGAUGAAGAGGAAGAGGGCGAAGAAGCUGACCCUGCAGAAGGAGAUGUCGAAUACGUCCCCGAGGGUAACGGGCACCGUCGUUGUGACGGUGUUGAUACCGCCCAAAAUACUCAAAAUGCGCACGAGGAAUCUGUUGAUGCAGAUGGGCCUUCGCUUGACGACGCCAAGAAAAAAGCACAAGAGGAAGCACUCGUCCAGCGCCUCAUCGACCAGGCUGAAGAAAAAGCCGUUCUUCCCUCUGAAAGCAAUGCCAGCCGCGUGAACAAGAUAAGCAAGGGCGCCGCACAUCGUGAUGCUACUGUCAACCUCGUCAGCAACAUCGAUGCGUCUCUGACCCGACUCCAGUCGCAGAUGGCCAAGUUGCGGGAAACUCUUCAGCCACGCGAUGUAUUGUCGCGAAAUGAUCAAGCGGAUCCCAAAGAUACAACAACUGCUGAAGACCGACUCUCGCUUACAGUGAGUAAGACAGAUUUUGCACAGAUGCGAAUCAUCGGACAGUUCAAUCUCGGCUUCAUCAUCGCCGUCCGGCCCGGUGUGGAUCACGACGAGCUCUUCAUCAUCGAUCAGCAUGCCUCCGACGAGAAGUUCAACUUCGAACGUCUACAGGCUGAGACGGUCGUCCAGAACCAGCGGCUUGUGCGGCCACAGCGCCUAGACUUGACUGCCGUCGAGGAGGAAAUUGUGCUAGAGAACCGAGCAUCUCUUGAGAAGAACGGAUUCAUCGUGACGGUCGACGAAAGCGGCGACGAGCCUAUCGGACGCCGGUGCCAGCUCGUCUCACUACCUCUGAGCAAGGAGGUCGUCUUUGGCUCGCGCGACCUGGAGGAGUUGAUCGUGCUCCUGUCCGAGUCCCCAGUUACCAACGAGAUCUCCGUACCGCGGCCAACCAAGGUACGCAAGAUGUUCGCGAUGCGCGCUUGUCGCUCAAGCAUCAUGAUCGGCAAAACCUUGACCACAAAACAAAUGCAGCGGGUGGUGCAUAACAUGGGAACCAUCGACAAGCCAUGGAAUUGCCCCCACGGACGACCAACCAUGCGCCACCUGAUGAGUCUAGGACACUGGGACGAAUGGGAUGAGUACGCGAAUGAAGAUGACGAAAGAGGUAGUUUCAAUGUAUGGCGGCAAUACGUGGAGGAAGAGUGA